AUCUCCAGAUUCUCCACAGUCCACUCUCUCGUUCUCGUUCGCAGCCGAUCUACACCUAAAUCUGGUGAUGGAGCGGGAGCCAGUUUUUGAUUUCCAUCCUGGUGGGGAACUUGAGGAUGAUGUUGUUGAUAUCGAAGAACUUGAACUUCAAGGUAAUCCUAAUCCUACUGUGACUACCCUUGCCGAUGUUGUCAAUGUUGAAGAUGAUACUGUAGAUAAAGUAAAUCAAGUGAGGAAAAAAACAAAGAAAAGAAAGCUUCCACCACAAACUCCUAAAAGCCCCAAGCCAAAAAAAGAUCGACAUCGAUCUCCUACUUGGGAUCACUUCGAAAAAAUAAUAGAGGGCAAUGAUACAUGGGGUGAGUGUAACUAUUGCAAGAAAAGAUAUGCGGCUGAUAGUAAAAAACAUGGCGUUACUAAUUUGAAAGCUCACAUUUCCAUUUGUCCAUUAUAUCCUUUUAGAGACCAACAUGGACAACCAAACCUUUCAUUCAAAAUCAACGACCGGGGGGGGGGGGGGGGGUUGUUGACGUUGUGACGAGUGUAUUUUCCUUUAAAGAGUGUAAGAGAGCUCUUGCAGAAAUGGUGAUUAUUGAUGAACUACCGUUUAGGUUCGUUGAGGGGAUUGGGUUCAGAAAGUUUUGUAAGGUCAUGCAACCGAAGUUUGCACCAGUCCCUUCUCGCCAAACGAUUACUAGAGAAGUGGUUGCAAUUAAAGACUACGAGAGGGGAAAACUGAAAAAAUUGUUAAAGGGCCAUAGGAUUUGCCUUAUGACUAAUACAUGGACAUCAAUUCAAAACCUUAACUAUAUGUGUCUCACUGCACACUUCAUUGAUGAUGAUUGAAAGUUGCAGAAGAGAAUCUUAAACUUUUGUCAAAUUGAAGAUCAUAAGGGAGUUACAAUAGGCAAGAAAAUUGAGUCAUUAUUGCUUGAGUGGAAUGUUGAUGGUAUUUUUACAAUGACGGUAGAUAAUGCAAGUUCGAACGCUACGGCUAUUGAGUACUUGAAAAGGAAAACAGUGGAUUGAAAAAGGAGUGUUUUGGGGCAUGAAUAUAUACAUAUGCGAUAUUGUGCACACAUUUUGAAUCUUAUUAUUGUUGAGGAGUUGAAAGAUAUGAGUGAAUCUAUUUUGCCUAUUCGUGAUGUUGUGAGGUAUGUGAAAUCUUCUCCACAAAGAAUGGAGACUUUCAAGAAGUGUGUGAAGAAGGAGAAAAUUAAAUCGAAACAAAUUGUGUGUCUUGAUGUGUAUACUCGGUGGAAUUCCACUUACUUGAUGUUAGAAGUAGCCAUCAAAUUUGAGAAGGCAUUCCAAAGAAUGGGGGAGGAAGACAGUAGUUUCAUAAAAUUCUUUAGCAUAAAAGAAGGCGAUGAGGAUUUGUCAUUGGAGGGCGAGGGUGACCAAGGUGGGAGCCAUGGCCAUAGGGUCCCAACUCCAAGACAAGCAACUGUCCCAAACAAGCUUGAUUGGAAGAAGUGUGGGUUGUUUGUUACAUUUUUAAAACUUUUCUAUGAUGCAACCAAAAAAUUUUCAGCUUCUCUUUUUGUCACAUCCAAUGUGUUCUUUCAUGAGUUGUUUGAGGUUGAAACCCAUAUAGAUGAAUCAAUCCUCAGCGGAGAUUCUUUUAUGUCUAAGAUAGCAAUUGAAAUGAAAAGAAAAUUUCAGACGUAUUGGGGGGAUGUAGAGAAAUUCAAUUCCUUACUUUAUGUGGCGGUGGCACUUGAUCCCCAGUAUAAGUUAAGGUUAGUGAAGUUUUGCUAUACAAGAUCCAAAGGGAAGGCGGUGGGUGAGAAAAUGGAGAAAUAAGUGAAGGAUGUUUUGAACAAGUUGUACGAUUUUUAUGAAAAAGAGGGUGAAGUUAGACAAAAUGUGCCUAGUGCAAGUUCAAUGCCGAGAGUAAUGGAGGAGAAUGAGGAUUGUGAUCGUCGCUUAAAUUUAGCUAGCGAAUUUGACA